AUGAAAGCCCUCCAGGUCGAUCUCCAGUUAUCCACAGAGUUAAACAUUGGGCAGUACACUGACGGACUUCAGUUCUCUCAAAGUAAUGUUGCGAUCACUACCGAUGAUUCAGUUACUCGUCUUAUCCCUAUCGUUGGUCAACCCAUUGUACAGCAGAUUGUUGAUGGUGCCACCCUGUCCUUUAACACCAUCGUCUUGUCCGCCCCAACUGAUACCAACUUUAAGCUUGUUUUGAAUGGCGCAAUCGAAGGAACCGGUCCAUUCUCGGCCCAGAUAUCUUUCCCUCAAGGACUUACAGUUGCAUGGCAAGGGAAGACUCUUGGUAGCGUGACUAUGGAUAUGAUACAGACAAAGCCGGAUGAAGGUGCUCAGUUCAAUCUUCCCGGUGAAUUCACUGUAACAGAUCAGGAUGCUAUGGGUGAAUUUGCCAGUUAUUUGAUCAACAACAAGGACUUUGUCUGGGACAUUUAUACAGACUCUGUUAGCGUCAAUGCACUUGGAUUUACUUUUAGUGCUAUUCACAUGGAGAAGUUUGUCACGCUAUCUGGUACCAAUGGAUUCAAGGAUGCUGUAGUAAUAAACUCUUUUGAUUUGCCGUCAAAUGAUCCUGAUGGAGGUAUCACUCUUACUGCCAAGUCCACUAUCAAGAAUCCUAGCCAAGUUGGCUUUGAUCUCAACGGCGUCAGUUUCAACGCCUACUAUGAUGGUGUACUCCUUGGCCCCCUCGGAUCUGAAGGUGCCGCUGUAUUCCCUCCUCAAGGAGCGGGCGAUCUUAGUAUGAAAGGCCGUCUUAUUCACCAGGAUUCUGCCGAGGGUUUAAAGGCUGUCACUACAGUAUUCGAGAACUAUCUUGCGGCCAAUAAUUCUAUUGUUACAAUCGAAGGAGCAUCUGCCUCUGGUCCUAACGGUGAAGUUGGCUGGCUUACUGCUGCUUUCAAGACACUCAAGAUCGAAGGUGUUGUCUUACCCGGUCCAGCAACGAAACCCACCCUUAUCCCAUCCGUUACAAUAAAGGAUAUGGAAAUUGACUUCACAAAGAGUGCUUAUUCUCCUCCAGCAAGCUCUAAGCAGAUUCAGGCCCAGAUCAAGAAUCCCUUUGGCUUCCCUCUUAGCGUAACUUCUUUAAAUAUGGACGCCUUUGCUUCGUAUGAUGGUAAAACGGUUGCUGAACUCAAGAUUCCCGACGAGAAGGCUACAACAGACAGAAGUGGCAUUGUAUCAACUCAAUUUGACAAUGUUCCAUUUGCCUCACCAGACAGUGCGCAUUCUGGAUUUGACAGUUUUAUUUCAGUUUUGACUUCCACGGCCCAGGCUCAGUUUGGACUUUCUGGUACAGCCAAUGCACUGACCAGCACAGCUGCCGGUGAUCUUCAGCUCAAUAAUAUCGGGUUUGACGUACAAACUUCUUUGGCUGGUAAGUGA